AUGCCGCCGCCGCCGGUAGGGCAUCAGCUAUCUGCCGGCGUCGCACCGCCAUCGCCGCCCGCUGGAAACCAGCUGUCGCCCGAUGCCGUGCCGACAGUCCCCCCGCCGGAGUCGGAGGAGGACGAGCUGUGGGUGUGGAACCAGAUCAAGGCCGAAGCCCGCCGCGAUGCCGAGUCCGAGCCGGCGCUGGCGAGCUACCUCUACGCCACCGUGCUGUCCCACCCGUCCCUCCCCCGCUCCCUCUCCUUCCACCUCGCCAAUAAGCUAUCCUCCUCCACACUCCUCUCCACCCUCCUCUACGACAUCUUCCUCCAGCUCUUCUCCACCCACCCGAAUCUCGGCGCCGCUGCCGUGGCGGACAUGCUCGCCGUCCGCCACCGCGACCCCGCCUGCGAGUCCUUCUCUCACUGCCUGCUCAACUACAAGGGCUUCCUCGCAGUGCAGGCCCACCGGGUUUCCCACAUCCUCUGGUCCCAGGCCCGCCGCCCGCUCGCCCUGGCCCUCCAAUCUCGCAUAUCCGACGUGUUCGCCGUCGACAUCCACCCUGCGGCGAGGAUCGGCAAGGGGAUCCUCCUCGACCACGCCACCGGGGUCGUCGUCGGCGAGACCGCCGUCAUCGGCAACAACGUGUCCAUUCUCCAUCACGUCACGCUCGGCGGGACGGGAAAGGCUAUCGGCGACCGGCAUCCCAAGAUCGGCGACGGCGUGCUGAUAGGCGCCGGCGCGACGAUCCUGGGGAACGUGAGGAUCGGCGCAGGGGCUAAGAUCGGGGCGGGCUCGCUGGUGCUCAUCGACGUGCCGCCGAGGACCACCGCGGUGGGGAAUCCGGCGAGGCUGAUCGGAGGGAAGGGGUGCCCCUCGAAGCACGAGGACAUCCCAGGUGAAUCCAUGGACCAUACCUCCUUCAUCUCCCAGUGGUCGGACUACGUCAUCUGA